AUGUCGUUUUUGUUCGUGAAAGAUCGGUUUGAAAAAAUCAAUGUUCAACUCCAAGAAUCGUGGUUGAAACAAUGUUUAGAUAAACUCAGGCACAAACCUGAGUACCAAAACGCGAACAAUCAAAGACUCUAUCAAGCGGUCUACGAGGAAUUCUUGGAAUCAGACUUAAGACAAUCGAUGAAACCGCUUCUCCCAUUGUCCAUCGAUGACGCGCACAAGACCAUUAUCGGCGAGAAUCGACCCAUAACUCUUCAGAUAGUUGAGAUCUUUGAAGUGGGUGUUUCGAACCAAACACUAUUUGACACGAUAAGCAGCCACCUUUCAGGUUCCAUAAAGGAAGGACAUAAAUAUAGCGAUGUAAGAGAUAAACAGAAUGAACCGAUUAAAUUUCCAAAGGCGAUGCUCAAGUUCUAUUUAACUGACGGGACUCAGAUAGUUGACGCUAUUGAAUUUAAGCCAUUGUCGCAACUAGACUUACUUACACCCAUUGGUACAAAGAUAUCGGUGAGAAGAACCCUAAUUUUGCGCGGAGUUUUAUGUCUUGAACCCCAAAAGGUCUCCGUUCUUGGGGGUUUUAGUAAUGUUUCAAGGUCGAUAAACAAUAUCCAGAAUCAGUUAGAAAAACGUUUAGGUUUACCUGUUACAGAAUAUCCUCGUGAAGGACAAAAUGUUCAAGGACCUAAUUCGAUCUCGGAAGAAAAUCAAAGUCGUCACUCUUCCUCUAAUUCGAUUGUUUCUGUUGGCGUAAAUGCGCGUGCGAAUGUUAUCAGUAAUGGAGGAUUGGAUUCAAACUUACACCUCGGAAAUCAAAAUUCAACGGCAAGCAAUCACAAUGCGGCAACAUUGGUGUCUAAAAACGACUCUUUAUCAACUGGAUUAUCCAACAAGGCUAUGACCACGGAUCGCAUAAAUCACGUCACCAUCAACUAUAGAAGCUCUCAAAAUUCGAACACCUCGUUUUCUUCCACCGAAAACAUCUCAUUGUCACGAAAUAACACGUCACUUUCAACACAAACUGAAAACACCGAACCAUCUCAGAUCCAAUCAACCCCAAGGUCCAAAAAUAAUGCGCAACAAUUAUUUAAUAUGUUUGAUCAGUUGUGGGAUAAAGAUGAAUUAGAUAAUAUUUCGUUCAUCAACUCUCAGGUCAUGUCCACUAAUGAUAAUAUGCAUGAUGGAAUCCCAAAAGACAACAAUGAAAAUUGUAAUUCGCCGAAUUCUUCCAAUAAAGGAAAGUCACAUCAUAAAAACAACAAAUUAUCGGUCGUUGAUUCUAAAGAGGAUGACGUUAACAUGAGUUCAUCAAACCUACAUGUAUCGAACGAGCCUCAUAUGGAGAAUCGCAUUACGGGAGAUAAUAAUUUAUUUUUGAUGGAUGACAUAGAAUAUGAUUCGAGCUUCAUGAAUUUCCAGGACGAAGGCUUUGAGCCUGCGAAAAUCUGCCCAAAUUUGCGAGAAGUGGGAGCAUUCGAUGUUAACUCCUCAAAUUUCAGAAACAGUGAUGGAUUAGGAAAAAGCUUGAAACAUAAACUAGGCGAAGAUGAUUUGAUGGAAGAUGAAAAACCUAACGAGAAAAAACGAUGCAUCAACAAUGAUGAUGAUUUGCUUGGGUUUGACGAUUUCAAUCCGAUCGAGUUGGAUGAUUUUGAGUUAUUCGUCGAAGAUGAAAUUCGACAAAGUGGUUCUACGACCGAGAAAUCAUCUCACAUGAGUAAAAAUAGGGAUUCUGUUGUGACAUCAUCGAUGAACUUUGGCGAUCCCACAAAACAAGAUAAUUCUGAAAAAUCGUCUGUACCCAAUGAGGAACAAUUAAGGGAGGAGACCUCACCCACUAGUUCCCCACCAAUUAUAUCCUCAAUGGAAUGUUUUCAAUUACCGGCUGGAAGUUUCGAUGACAUUUCCCCUAUUGCAACAUACGAGAAUACUUUUAAUGAUAUAACUAGUUUAAUAGAUAUGCCAUCUUCUAGCGCAUUAACUGACAAAGGGAUGUCAUCUAAUAAGCCAAUAAAACCAACAGAUUCAAAUGGGGAUGUGGUGGUGAUAUCCGAUGACGAGGAAGAAAAUGUAAUGAACAAUGAUCUGGGAGAACAAUUAGAUAGAUAUAAUUUAAUAUUUGAUAUGUCACAAGAUGAAGAACUACCUUCCGAGGAAGACUUGGUUCGUACAUCGAUUUUUAAAAAUAGAAGUUCUGCUCGUAAAAUUUGA